AUGGCUCCUUCCACGCCUAGAAAGACACCCGUGAAGCCUGAAGCUUCCCCCGCCAAGUCCAGCGCAUCGUCCACCCAGUGGUCCGUCGAACAAGACAAGAUCCUCAAGCGCGGCGUCCUGGACCUUAUCAUGGCGCACAAGGCCGAGCUGAAGCGUCUGCCCGGUCUCGAGCCAUGGACGAGCAAUGCCGGGUCGGGCAUCAACUCCCGCGUCGUCAGUCUCUGCUCCAAUCUGGCAAAGCAGGCACCAGCAGUCGAGUUUGAGAAGCCAAAGAGCUCGACACGGAAAAUCCCUGCACCUGACACGCCCGGCAGGACACCGUCCAAGAAGCGCAGAUUCCAUGAGAAUGAGGACUCGCCUUCGAAGAAGCGCAAGGCGAAAGGCUGCAGCGACGAAGAAGAAGAAGAAGAAGAGGAUGGCAAGGUCUUUGACAACGCAGAUGACUAG